AUGGCUAGCUUAAAGUCAUUAUUGUUAAACAUUUUCUUCUUAUCGUUGAUACAAAUAAGCUGCAAGAGAAUUGGGAAGAGGAGGUGCGAACAAUGGGAUUCGUGGUCUACGUGCAAAGACGGAGUUAGCACCAGGAUAUGUUUAACGGACAAAUCCGUGAUAGACAAGAUGACCUGCAAGGCGUGUAACAUUUGGGAAGAGUGGUCUGCCUGUGAAAAUGGAAAGAGACACAGAAAAGUAGUUAACUGCCCCUUCAUUCGGGAAGAUCAGGAUUGUGAUCCAAACAAGUCAAACAAGGAAAAUGCCAAAAAUAAUACCACCAUUCGUUUUGACAAUGACGAUAAUGACAAUGAGCAAGAUGGCGACUUCGAAGAGACCUUGAAGGAAGAAAGCAAUUUACCCGUUAAGGGCGACAGCAACGAACCGAGUUUGCUCGAAGGGGGCUCCCAUGGGGAAGGAAAGCAUCACGGCAUGAGCCAAACCUUCUCCCACGUUGACGAGGCGGAUACAACUGCGCAGAAGAAGAAAGAGGUGUUGACAGGCACGACCCCCUCUGAGGCGUCACUCCCCGCAGGUGAUGCGAACAACAAGAUCCAUGCGAAUCACCCCAACGAAGAUGCAUCGAAUGGACCACAUAGUAAUACCGAGGAAGCCCAAACGAAUGCAACACAUUCGAGCAGCGACAACCUGGAAGACGGCCAACCAGACGCAGCCUCAUCCAGUGGGACAAAAAGAGCAAAGAAUGUCCGCGAUCAUAAGUUUGAGGAUUUUUCAAGCACCUCUGGUGAGGGACAAAAUAAGAGACAUGCCGAGGAGAAGACGAAUGGAAACAACUUCUACGAGAAGAAAGGAAAUCAGCAAGAAGAUGGCGAAAAUAAGUGGAGAAAAAAACACAAUGCAGGUGCGGGAAGUAGAGGUGCACCAAAGUUCAAUCAAACAUACAUCGCCAGUGGAAUGGGGCUUCUUUUUCUCUUAAGUGGAAGUGCCGCUAGCUAUGCCUUGUACAAUGGCAAGUACAAUCAACUCACUGAAGACUCAAAGAAUGAAAACUUCGAAGUCAUGUUUAACGACGACCUGAAGGCUAAGGAAAACAGUAAGUCCAUGUACGAGGAUGAGUUCUGGGCCCUCGGUUGA